AAUUUAAAUAAUUGUUACCACACUACAUUCUCAAAAUUGCAAAGGGGCUAGAUAUACUUUUGAUUGUUGCAAUUUCACCAGAUUUCUGAUACUAGUCUCCUUGUCACGGUCUCAUUUUAAAUGCCAAUUUUGGGUACUGUCCGUUUUCUCAAUGUUCUUGAGUGUAAACUGAUUAUUGGGAUGAGCAAUCUGUUGUAGUUUUCGAUACAAUCAUAGCCCUAUCUUGUUCUUAUCACGGCCACAUAGCCUAUAGAGCUUGACAAGAUGCAGACUUUGAGGCAUGGAAAGGCUUUGUUAGUGAAGCUGAGUCCUGCUCUUCAGAUAUCUGGCAGGUGUUGGCACACAUGCUCGUAUGGUCACGGUACAGAAUGGCUUGGCAGCAGCAGAAUCAGCAGAACCAGCACCACCACACACACCAGUAGGCUUGUGUCUCAGUUGCAGCCCUGCUACUGCGGACCUGUAAGAUUCGCCUCAACAGAGCCGUCGCUGGACUUGGAGGACGGUGCUCCACUGGCAUUUCAGCAGCCACUGCACGACUUGUCCGAGUUACCGCCUGGCUAUCUGGAGUUUCUAUCGCACUUCAUCCAACAAUACCAUGACAACACCGCCAUUUCAGAAGCUGGCAUGGAGCGCAGGAUGCAGCUGGUCAAGAACUUACAGCAGCAUCUGCGAGUCCAUAUUCCCGAUGCCACCUUGCAAGUGUUUGGAUCAUUACGUGCUGGUAUUUGCCUACCUAACAGUGAUAUUGACUUAUCCUUCUAUUCCAAAGCGCUCUUUUCGCGCACCGUCCUCCCUCAAGCAAUCAUCCGCAAAGUAGGGACAGCGUUAAUGAAUUUUCCAGAUGACUACUGUGAUGUUUCGUGCGUCGCAAACAAAUUUGUACGCGUGCCACUUUGCAAGAUCAAAGUCAGGGAGCAAGGCAUCCGUAUUGACAUCUCUUGCAACAAUGAGAUGGGUGUGUUAAAUUCAUCGAUGAUUGCUACAUACUGUAAGGUGGACAAUCGCGUUGCACCACUCGCUAUGAUGAUCAAGUCCAUUGCCAAGUUGUGCAGCAUAGCAAACAGCAAGCAGGGCAGUCUGUCAUCGUACACGUACAUCGUUAUGCUCAUCUACUACUUACAGCGAACCAGUCCAGCCGUCGUGCCCAAUCUGUACCAGCUUUACAACAAAGAGGAGCACUCACAGAAACCAACCAGAAUGCUGGGAACAUUUGAUACGUACUUCUUCGAGGACAUCGAUCGUCUGGGAGAGGUGUGGCAAGGUCAUGGACAGAACAAAGAGAGUCUUGCAGAGUUGCUGUUUGGAUUUUUCAAGUUUUACGCCGAAUUUGACUUUGCUAAUGUCGUGAUCACGCCACGUCUUGAUGAGACAGUUCUGCUGAAGGACAGCCCGUUCGCCGUGACUUCAUCACUGAUGAACAUUGAAGAUCCUUUCCGACAAACCUUCAACCUGGGCGUGUUUGUCAAUGACAAGAUCUAUGAUCUCAUCUUACGUGUGUUCAGAGGUGCACACCAUCACUUGUCAGUCCCCACCAGUGCUAACUUUCAGGACAUUCGGUUCUUCCCGUACUGGGCAGGCGUAUGCCACUGUAAUGGAGAUGAUGUCCUGUUGUGGACAUGGAAAUCUGGUCUGAGGUCAAGCGCCCCAGGAUGCUGGCCAUGUAGCUACGCACGUAUUCUCUCCCUAUCAUCUGAUGGGUCGUGGCCAGGUGCAAGUACCACCCAAGACAUGCACACACUGCGCUGUCCAGGGGCAGCACUUCUCCUGGGAAUGUGACAAGAAGACUAUGGAGUCCUCAAAUUCAGCCGCUGGAGAUCAAGGAUGAGCCCAGUGGCGGCAAGAGGCAUGAAUGAGCCAGUACCAGUACAUGUGCGCCGUGGGCCCUUACGCACGCGCUGGGACAAUAGGCACGGGGAAACCCAAUGUGGCCGUGCGGCCCGGCACAUACACACACCUCCUGACAUUGACAGUGUGAUGAUGGUGAUGGUGGCGAUGGUGAGCACGGGGAAUGCGGUCUGGAGCAGCCAGACACCGACCGCCAAGGGCCAAGUACCAGUACCGUGUGUCACGCUGCACCUGCUGCAAAUGCAGUACACACUCUGCAGUACACACUCUGCUGUACACACUGUGCUGUACAUGCUGUGCAGUACACAGUGGUGGACCCAUGCAGCGGCCGCACCUGCUGGUGCCAGUGUCUGCUGCCAUGGUUACCCAGCCAGCACAACCACCUUCGGCACCUGGUCAGCAAUGUAGCCGCCGCAGCCUCCGCUGCUGCAGUAGAGUGGCUACAGCUAGCCUGGUGAUCAACUUUGCAACUUUCUACGUCUGGUCCGCAGACAACAGACAAACUGAGAUUCGUGAUCAUUCUCCUUCUCCUCCCUUUCCAUAGAACGUUUUACAUAUUAUUUUCCAAGGCGUGCGUGCUUGCUCGCCUGUGUGUGUGUGUGUGUGUGUGUGUGUGUGUGUGUGUGUGUGUGUGUGUGUGUGUGUGUGUGUGUGUGUGUGUGUGUGUGUGUGUGUGUGUGUGUGUGUGUGUUGAUUGAUUCUCACGUCUUCUUGCACAUCUGCUCUCCAACCAUGGCUUCUGAGAUGUAUGUACUAGUCCUUGUGUAGGAAUGAGCUGAGCUUGCCAAGUGGGUAGGUUCCGUGUGUUCACCAACAACAGCGGCACAUGUGCUAUGGAUACGAAAUAUCUCAGAGCGCCUGUUUUGAGUGCUAUGGCAACACUGCUGCUUGCUAGUUUACAAUGGUGACUGUGAGCAAUGCUGUCGUGGUCGAGU